AUGGUCCAUAUUGAAUCUAUUGAAGGCAUUAAGUCAAGUAAUAGGACAAGAUAUUCAAAUUAUGCAGGACAUGACAGGUAUGCUGAGGAGACCUUGAAUAUGCCACUAUGCCAUGAAGAUGAGAGAUCAGCCUUGCUGCAAUUCAAGCGUAGCUUUGACAUCAAGAAGUUUGCUUCUGGCAAUCCUUCUGCUUAUCCAAAGAUCAAGUCAUGGAAGCUUGAUGCAAAUGCUAGCGAUUGCUGCUCGUGGGAUGGCGUGGAGUGUGACCAUGAUACCAGUCGUGUGAUUGGUCUCGACCUCAGUAGCAGCUUCCUCUAUGGUUCUAUCAACUCCAACAGCAGCCUCUUCAGUCUUAUCCCUUCAGAGAUCUCAUCUCUUUCCCAAUUGACUUUCCUUAAUCUGUCUCAAUACUUUGAACCCGUGCAUGCUACUCAUGUAUAUCUUUUGAAACUUGAAAAACCCAGUUUGAGAGACCUAAUCCAAAACCUAACCAACCUGAAAGUACUAGACCUCAAUGUGGUGAACGUAUCUUCUACAGUGCCAGGUGCUUUAUCGACUAUGACCUCUCUGACACAUCUUAAUCUCGGGAAUUGUAUCCUUUAUGGUGAAUUCCCAAUGGGCAUUUUUCAUCUACCAAACCUACGGGUUUUACGUGUGUCGGUCAAUGAAAACCUAUUUGGUUACCUUCCAGAAUUUCCGUAUGGUGGUCCAUUUGAGGAAUUGAAGAUUUGGAAAACAAAUUUUUCCGGAUUGCUUCCAAAUUCCAUUGGGAACCUUCAUUCCUUGAAGGAGUUACAUUUAGGAGAGUCCAAUUUUUAUGGGACACUUCCAAGCUCUCUUGGCAAUCUGGCCCAGCUCACGUUUCUGGAUGUUGUCGGAAGCAAUUUUUGGGGACAGGUCCCUUCAUCAAUAGCAAACUUAUCAAAACUCACUGUCUUAGGACUCGGCCAUUGUACUUUUGAUGCACGACCCCUUGAAAAGCUAUCAAAACUCAUUAUACUAGCACUUGACCAUACAAAACUAAGGGAUGUAUUACCACAGUCUCUUGCUAACAUGACCCAGCUAUCUACGUUAAUUCUCAACAACAAUGAGUUAUUUGGUGAAAUCCCAUCUUGGCUUUUGAACCUCACCAGAUUAACCUUUCUAGACCUUUCAAAAAAUCGACUAUCUGGCAUGUUUCCGAGCUCAAUCUCUCCACUCAAGCAUCUUGAAUACCUAGAUUUCAGCUUUAACAGGCUGCAAGGACCACUCCCUCUUCCACCACCGUCUGUCCUUUAUUAUAGAGUCACUGGUAAUUUACUAACUGGAAAAAUACCAACAUCAUUUUGCCAAAACAGAACUCUUUUUGCACUUGACUUGUCUGAUAAUAACCUAAGCGGUGCCAUUCCUCAAUGCUUGUUCAAGCAUAGCUUCCACGUCAAGAAGUUUGCUUCUGGCGACCCUUCUGCUUAUCCAAAGGUUGAGUCAUGGGGAAAUGCUAGCGAUUGCUGCUCGUGGGAUGGCGUGGAGUGUGACCAUGACACCGGUCGUGUGAUUGGUCUCGACCUCAGUAGCAACUUCCUCUUUGGUUCUAUCAACUCCAACAGCAGCCUCUUUAGCCUUGUUCACCUUCAAACGCUGAACCUUGCUGACAAUCACUUCAAUUAUUCUCAAAUUCCGGCCAGAAUUGAAAAUCUUUCAAGAUUAAAGAGUCUCAACCUCUACAAUUCUUACUUUUCCGGUCAGAUCCCUUCAGAGAUCUCCUCUCUUUCCCAAUUGACUUUCCUUGAUCUGUCUCGAUACUUUGACCCCCUGCAUGCUUCUAAUGAAUAUCUUUUGAAACUUGAAAAACCCAAUCUAAGAGACCUAAUCCAAAACCUAACCAACCUUGAAGUACUAGACCUCAAUGUGGUGAACGUAUCUUCUAUAGUGCCAAGUGCUUUAUCGAAUAUGACCACUCUGACACAUCUUAAUCUUGGGAAUUGUUUGCUUUGUGGUGAAUUCCCAAUGGGCAUUUUUCGUCUACCAAACCUACGCGUUUUAGGUGUGUCGGUCAAUGAAAACCUAUUUGGUUACCUUCCUGAAUUUUCGUAUGGUAGUUCACUUGAGGAAAUGAAGAUUUGGAGGACAAAUUUUUCCGGAUUGCUUCCAAAUUCCAUUGGGAACCUUGAUUCCUUGACCGUGUUAGAAGUAGGAGAGUCCAAUUUCUAUGGGACACUUCCAAGCUCGCUAGGAAAUCUGGCCCAGCUAUGGUUUCUGGAUGUUGUUGGAAGCAAUUUUUGGGGACAGGUUCCUUCAUCAAUAGCAAACUUAUCAAAACUCACUUGGUUAGGACUCGGCGGCGGUUCUUUUGAUGCACGACCCCUUGGAAAGCUAUCAAAACUCAUUAUACUAGACCUUAACAAUACGAAACUAAGGGAUGAAUUACCAGAGUCUCUUGCUAACAUGACCCAGCUAUCUACGUUGAUUCUCAACAACAAUGAGUUGUUUGGUGAAAUCCCAUUUUGGCUUUUGAACCUCACCAGAUUAACCAAUCUAGACCUUUCAGAAAAUCAAUUAUCUGGCAUGUUUCCGAGCUCAAUCUCUCAACUCAAGCAUCUAGAAUACCUAGAUUUCAGCUUUAACAGGCUGCAAGGACCACUCCCUCUUCCACCACCAUCUCUCCUUUAUUAUAGAGUCGCUGGGAAUUUACUAACCGGAGAAAUCCCACCAUCAUUCUGCCAAAAUAGUGCUCUUCUUGCGCUUGACUUGUCUGAUAAUCACUUUAGCGGGGCCAUUCCUCAAUGCUUGGCCAGUACUACUAGUGAUUCUCUAUUGCUGCUCAAUUUGAGCAACAACAAUUUUCACGGUACUGUUCCCGAGAUGUCUGUGAAGGGGAUCAAGAUGAUCGACUUGAGUCAAAAUCAAUUGCAUGGGGGGGUACCACGUUCAUUGGCUAGUUGUACAACGCUUGAAAUUCUUGUUCUGGGAGAUAAUCAAAUCGAGGACUUUUUUCCCUUUUGGUUGGGAUCUCUUCCUGAGUUACAAGUUCUUAUUCUUCGAUCUAAUAGAUUCCAUGGUGCCAUUGAGAAUCCUAAAACCAAUUUGAAGUUUCCGAAGUUGCGAAUCAUUGACCUCUCUCACAAUGGUUUCUCUGGUACAUUGCCAUCAGAGUAUUUCCAGAACUGGAAUGCAAUGAAAUUGGUCGGGAAAGAGAAUUCAACAUAUAUGCAAGUGGAGAAACCACUAGCUACAGGGGUGGCAAAUAUUGUUUAUUUAGAGGAUUUUACCUAUUCAAUAACAAUAUCCAACAAAGGGACAAAACUACUUUAUGAGAAGAUCCAAAGUGUAUUUGUAGCUGUUGAUCUUUCAGACAACAAAUUCUGUGGUGAAAUUCCAGAAUCCCUUGGAAGUCUAGGUGGACUUCAAGCGCUAAACAUUUCCAAAAACAACCUCACUGGCAUCAUCCCGUCAUCCUUGGCAAAUCUGUCGGACUUGGAAUCAUUGGACCUGUCUCGAAACCUACUCUCAGGAGAGAUCCCUGAGCAGUUAACCAAACUCACUUUCCUCUCAGUCCUAAACGUUUCUCAUAACCGUCUCACUGGGCCCAUACCUCGAGGUAAACAAUUCGAUACAUUUGAUAAUAGUUCAUAUGGUGGGAAUAUGAUGGUCAUAAUGAUGGGAUAUGGGAGUGGGCUCAUAGUUGGGUUGGUUAUUGGGCAGACGCUGACCACAAGGAUUAGGAAUAACAACAGGAAUCAAAGUUGGAACAAUCGAGGAGGAACUGGUGUCCUGGGGCUUUGGAUUGUUGGAACUCCGAAUUUGGGUUGUGCGAUGAAGAAGAAGGAAGAGCCUAUGGCUAUGGUGGAGGAGUGUAUUAGAAACUGGCGUGUGGGGGUACGUAUUAGGUUACAGCCUUACAGGUCGUGGUUCUUUAACCUCGCAAUGGUGGUGGAGGAGUGGCUUUCGUGGUGGUGGUGUGGUCUGAAGUGGUGGUAA